AUGUGCUGAACGAUAAACCAUAUAAAAUCCUGACUAAUAAUAACAGUAUCGAUGUUAAAAACCUAAUUUUUUGAGACGCAAGAAUGACAAUUUAUUGACAAGAAACGAGUUGUUACUACAUGUAUAAAAGUUUUGAACUCAAUGGCUACAAUGGUGACCAUGAGAAACUCUGCAGACGUUCAUUCCUCAAACCACAACCAACGCCAGCCUUCUGCAACGCAAAGCUUAAAUGUACGAGAGUUCACGUUUGCAACACAGGGUCGCUUCAAUGCUGGACAAGACCUAGUGCUAACACGGAGUGAUAGUUAUGUCAUUCGUAAGCCACCCAAGGAAGAUGACAUCUGGACACGCCCCCCACCAGACUUCCGUCCCCAACAAUACCUACCGAAGCCGCCCAAACGCAAUUCAAGAGAGAGUAUGCAGCCUUGGAAAUAUGGAACCUUUCCAGGGCAAAAGAAGGCUUCUGCUAAACCAUCCGGGAUAAAGUCUCUUCAGCUGCCCAAGAUCCUUCAGCCCGAGAGACCUCAAAGUAGCAAGAUAGUAACAAGAUUCAAGACACUUGACCCCCAUGAGGCUAGGGUACAAUUUGUCAAAGAAGGAAUGAACACCAAAGACCAGUAUAAGAUGCCGAGGAAGCAUGACUUCAGAGGGUAUCCUCCACUCGGUCCAUUAGGUCUACCUGAAUUUGUGACAGCAUCCGACCAUGAUCCAUACAACAUCAAGUUCAAGUCAGAUAACAGGAACAUAAUCGUUGGUCUUCCUCAACCAAGAUCAGAUAGAUCCAUGGGACAUCAGAUUGGACGUCAAGCAAUAUCACCCAAACCCCACUAUCAGCCUGAGCUUAUUAUGCCAAACUUAAAGUGGCCAACAGUCUCCGGUGAAUUCACACGUUUUCGAAGAAGAAACCGUUCUCCACACACCGUUCUCUUUGAUCAAAUUGAAGACACCUUGGAUGAUAAAUGGAGGAAGGAUGCAGAGAAUCGAGAGAACAUUCAGAGUGAGACGGAGAGGGAGAAAAGAGCAAGACAGUUUCAAGAAGAGGUUGCAAGACAAUUGGCCAUCAGAACACAGAUGUCUGCCACAACAGUGCAUAACAAUAUGGGUAGACAGAUGAGUGGUCAGAUGAGUGGUCAGAUGGGUAGCCAGAUGGGUAGCCAGAUGGGCAGCCAGAUGGGUGGUCAGAUGAGUAGACAUAUGAGUGGUCAAGAAUCUAUGUAUUCUGGGAACACAAACCACGGACGUGCUUCAGAGGAGCAAAGGAUGGGUAGUCAUGGAAACGGAGAGAGUAGGACAUACAGAAAUAGUAUACCAAGCUUACGUGAUGAUGAUGAACUAGAUGUAUCUUGACAUUAGUUCAGCGAGUUGUGUAACUCUAUUUCUUUAGUUCUUUGUCUCAAGGUUUGUCUGGUAACAUUCCGCUAAGCUUGAAAUCACUGCUAAGUGCUUCUCUGAAACCACGCUGAAGGACAAGUCCUAAUUGUUUUCAGCUGAAUUCGCAGAAAGGCCCUGAUUGCUUACCGUUUUGAUUUAUAAAGCAAGUCUGAUCAAGAGACCAGUUGACUAUUGUCGAACAUUAAGCGAUCUUUGCCUGGUACCCACAGGAUGUAUUUAUGCAUAGGUUACCAUUGUUGACUAAUGGUCGUAUUGUUGACUAAUGGUCGCAUUGUUGACUAAUGGUCGUUAAUCAAACUUGUCCCUAGUUGCAGUGAUAUGUUUACUGCAGGUU